AUGAGCUCGAGAAAAUACGAAUUGGCAGCCAUUUUCAUUGGAGCUAAUGUUGUUGCUUUAGGGGCAGGGACGCCAUAUCUGUACAGUUUCUAUGCUCCUCAAUUGUUGAAAAGAUGUCACCUAAACAUUGAAAGGUCGAGCGAUUUUUCGUUGGCGAUGUCUGUUGGGAUGAGUGCAAUGGGGUUCUUGGCAGGUUUGAUUAUUGAUCAUUCGCCUGCUUUGGCGAGUGGUGUAGGAGCAGCGCUUACUUUCAUGGCAUAUUCGACUUUGUAUUUCUGCUACAGUCAUGAAUAUGGAAAUGUAUUUCUCAUUUGUGCGGCAUUAGUCAUGGUUGGUUUUGGUUCCAUAUGCUCUUUUUACGCAGCAAUGAAGUGUUGUACGGCAAAUUUCCCAAACCACAGGGGUGCAGCCGGUGCAUUCCCUAUAUCCCAAUAUGCUCUCUCGGGACUAGUAUUCUCUGCAUUUUGUUCGCAUGUAUUUGGUAACGAUAUGCAGUCCGUUUUCCUCUUCUUAACCAUUGUAUGCACGUCGACGGCCAUUGUAGGGUGCUUCACGUUAAGAAUAUUAUCACCAUUGGAACCUGAUACCAAAAACACUAUAGUAGAGGUUAUUGAAGCACCACCUGUGCCACAGGAUGAUGACUUUUCCGCUAUCCAAGAAGAGAGUUACCAUUCGAAGCCUAUCGAUGUGUUGAAUGGAAAGCGCAACUCAGUAUCUUCCAGUAGCAAUAACUAUAAGAGCUUUACUCUAACGGCAUCAACUCCUUCAACUUCAUCCCUAUCCUCGUGGAAAAGAAGUGAUUCAGUUUCGUCUUGGACCAAAGAUUUGGUGGGCUCUUUACAAUUUUGGGGUAUUGGUAAAGCCAGACCUAGUGAUAGUGCUUUGCUACCCCAUCACAUUAGACCAAACGUGCCAAGAAAAACUAGUUUCACAAUUGACGUAACAAACAACGAAAGAAGACCAUCAUUAAUCGAGGAACCAAAUCAGAACUCUUGUCUAUUGGCAGAUACUAGUGUUGUAGUAGAAACCAGUACCGCGACAACCCAAGCAGGUGUACAAACUAAUUCAAGCAAGGAACUAAAUGUCUCUGUCAAUCAAUCUCCUUCGGUCAGUAUUUGGAAAUCGCAUCCAGUGCUUAAAACGCUAUUGAAACCAAGAUUCUUUGCUUAUCUGUUGACAUUAGCCACUCUACAAGGUAUUGGGCAGAUGUACAUAUUUGCUGUUGGUUUCGUAGUGAAUACACAGAUCCAAUCGAGUGAUGAUCCGCAGAAAUAUAAUCAAGGAGAAUUCCAAUCCCUUCAAGUGUCAUUGAUUUCGAUUAUGUCAUUCUGCGGUAGAUUGGUCUCUGGACCGAUUUCAGAUGUGCUAGUGAAGAAGUUUAAGGCUCAGCGUUUGUGGGUCAUCGCUUUAUCUGCUGGGUUAAGUAUCUUAGCGUCCAGAAAACUUAUUUCCUUAAACCCAAACACAUCUACUACAGUAAGCAAUUUGCACAAUAUCUCUUUCUCGUCCAUAUUAUUCGGAUUUUCUUUUGGAAUGACCUUCGGCACUUUUCCUGCUAUAAUUGCAGAUUCAUUUGGGACUGACGGGUUCAGUACCAUAUGGGGGUUGAGUACUGCGGGCGGUAUCAUCUCAGUCAAAGCAUUAAGUUCUGUAUUGGCAAAAGAUCUUGCUGCUCAUAUGGAUCCUGACCAAAAUUCAUGCAUCAAAGGUGUACGUUGCUAUAUUCACACAUUCCAUGUAACUCAGUUGUGGGGUGCUUUUGCUGUCUCGUUAUCCUUACUAACUUUGUUUAUAGGAUACAGAAAUAAGAAAGUUAGACAUCACGCGACAUUCACAAUAGAGGAUUAG